UACAAUACUGAUACGUUAAUACCACAAGAUAUCAAUAGCUUCUCUAUAAUUUCUAUUUCUUUUUAUUUAUUCACAGUAUACCGAUAAAACUUAAAACAAAUAAUUUAUUUUACAGAAAAAUGAAAAUUGCUUGUGUGGUAUUUUUGGUUGCGUGCGUCUACGCACAUGGUGCAGUGCGAUAUCCUGCCAGAGAAGACAAUGAACCGCUGCAGUUGAGAAUUCUACCAACACAAAUACAUACGACCACAGUUGGAGUUCAGAACACAGCCGACGACGAGUUGCUGGCUUCAGAACUUGCGCUCCUCAAUAAUCAGCAAAGGAAUCUCAUCGAAGACCAAAUUGCAAAUCUCCUGGAAGGAUUCAGGGAUGUUGUAAUUAAUGGCAACGAAAACAUCCCUCCUCUAGAUCCCGUCGAGUUGCAGCAAAUUGGACCGUUCUCGUACAGUUCAAAUGGCAUUCGUGUGACUGGUUACAUCAAUGACUUGCAUGCAGACGGUCUCCGGUGGUACAUUGUAGAUGAAGUCACCUUCAACGCCCUCCGCCUUGCAUUGGGAGUGCGCGUCACCCUGCCCUGGUUACGAGUCAACGGCAGCUACGAUGCGAACGCCAGAAUACUGUUGUUGAGACAUGACGCUGGGGGCAACUUCAGGGUCUUCGUCAACCGCGUGGAAGUCAGUGUGGACCUUCGAGUGGGAACCAACAUACUAGCUGGACAUUUAGUACUCAGAGAACUCGACAUUAAAAUCGAUAUUCACGAUACUCUGAUUCAAAUUGAUGGCUUGGUGGGUUCACCUGUCCUCAACAACAUAAUCAGCGGCUUGGUGCAGAGCAUAACCCAAGCCGUGAUUCAAAAUGAGCUCGAGAAAGUCAGUCAAAUGCUGAGCGAGCAACUGUUCGACACUAUCAACGAAGUGUUGAAGGACUACACGAUCGCUGACAUUCUUGGAUGAAAAAAUUACUAUAAGACGAAAUUAUUAUAUGUACCU